CAAGGCUUUCCCAAGCACAUGCCCACCAUACCCAAAGGUUGCCUUUCGAAACACUCCACCAGUUCCGCCUACUCGUCACCUUCGUCGCCGCCGCUCCAAACCGAUAUCCCGAGCAUCCGAUUGCGAUUUCGUUUGCGACCUUUCUUCCUUCCCCGGCGAGUUGAAAUCAAGGAAGCUCCAUCUCAUUCAUCACUCGCUUAACCCCGCCAUCAGCUUCUUGGCCUUGAACUUCGGUUUCUCAAGGAAGCUCAGUCACCAUUUCUUUCCUCCCUCACCCUCGAACAAUCUCCAGAGCGUUUGUCGCCCAGCAUGGCUUUGCCCAAGCGUAUUGUCAAGGAGACGGAGCGUCUCAUGGCUGAGCCGGUACCCGGAAUCAGUGCCGUCCCUCACGAGGACAACCUCCGCUACUUCGAUGUCGAAAUUCACGGACCUACACAAUCUCCGUAUGAAGGCGGUGUCUUCAAGCUUGAGCUCUUCCUUCCCGACGACUACCCCAUGACUCCCCCCAAGAUUCGCUUCCUCACCAAGAUCUUCCACCCGAAUGUCGACAAGCUGGGCCGCAUCUGCCUCGAUGUUCUGAAGAACAACUGGUCCCCUGCCCUUCAGAUCCGCACUAUUCUCCUCUCAAUCCAGGCCCUCCUCGGCGCCCCCAACCCCGACGACCCCCUCGCCGCCGACGUCGCGAAGAGCUGGAAGGAGGACGAGCAGGCCGCCAUCGCGACGGCCAAAGAGUGGACCACGAAAUUCGCUGUGCCCAAAUAGAGGAGGAAACACUGGAGGAAGCGGGAGGCUAUGCUGCGCUUUGGAAGGAAAGGCAGACGACGGCGCGUGGAGGAACAGCUACGGCAGGCGCCAAUGCAAACACACUUUCCCUAGACCGAGUUUUAGGUGGACACUGCAGAGACGAUACCGCCCUCCUGCUGUCUUUGACUGUGUAGAACGGGGGCUGAUUUGGACGUUUCAGGACCUGGAGUUGCAAUCUUGAGAUAUGGCAUUGCGGUCAGCUUUUCUGGUUUCACGGGAGGACCCAUGCAUUAUGCCUUUACGACUUUCAACAAUGAGAAGGAUUUCUUUCAUCGCAUGUGUUGCACUUGCGAUAUGAGUAUGUGUGAUCUGACUUCAGGCUGAAGCAACUCGCUUGGAUACAAAUCUGCUGAAGACGGGACACCCUCUUAGUAUUUUCACAGUCGCGUGUCGACAUGAUCGAGUGACGAAAGACUGCUCUCCUCAAAAUUGAG